AUGUCGAAAUCGAAAGAUACCCUGAACGUGCGGCCGGUGUCUCGUCGCAGCCGUUCACGCAGUCGCUCUCCGAAGCCAAAGUCAAACAAACCCCUGGCGCAAAAGAAGUCGGAUUAUACCUCUGAUGGAGUCACGAACAAUGACAUUUUCAACCUCCCCCUAAGAGACUACCAAUGGCUCGCCGGCUUGACCCUGGUGGCAGCUGCAGUCAGAUUGUUCCGCAUUUAUCAACCCUCGAGCGUCGUCUUUGACGAGGUGCAUUUCGGUGGAUUCGCUACCAAAUACAUCAACGGCAGAUUUUUCAUGGACGUUCACCCCCCGUUGGCUAAACUUUUGAUCACACUCGCCGGCUGGCUUGCCGGUUUCAAGGGCGAUUUUGACUUCAAGGAUAUCGGAAUGGAUUACAUCGAGCCAGGCGUUCCAUAUGUGGCUAUGCGUCUACUUCCAGCAAUCUUGGGCGUCUUGACUAUCCCUCUGAUGUUCUUGACACUGAAGGCGACAGGAUGCAGGACCUCGACCUCCGCGCUUGGGGCAUUGUUGGUUACCUUUGAUAACGCAUUGACUACCCAGUCUCGCUUCAUCCUGCUCGACUCUCCUCUCAUUUUCUUCACUGCCUUGACUGCCCUGUGUUUCUCCUGCUUCACCAACCAGCACGAACAAGGGCCGUCUAAAGCAUUCAAAGCGCCAUGGUGGUUCUGGCUCAGCGUGACUGGUCUGUCCCUGGGUGCCACUCUCAGCGUCAAAUGGGUCGGACUUUUCACUACUGCAUGGGUAGGCAGUAUCACUGCACUUCAGCUUUGGGUUCUUUUGGGUGACCCUGACACGGUGACGCCGCGCCUUUGGUUCAAACACUUUUUCGCCCGUGUCUUUUGCCUAAUUGUUAUCCCGCUCAGCUUCUACAUGAGCAUGUUUGCCAUUCACUUUGCCAUUUUGAGGAACCCCGGCGAAGGAGACGGCUUCAUGUCUUCCGAAUUCCAAGCUACUCUGAACUCUAAGGGUAUGCAAGAUGUUCCAGCUGAUGUUGCGUUUGGAUCUCGAGUCAGCCUCCGCCAUUACAACACACAGGGUGGUUAUCUCCAUUCUCACCCGCACAUGUAUCCGACUGGAAGCAUGCAACAGCAGGUCACUCUGUACCCCCACAAGGAUGAAAACAAUGUCUUUCUCCUAGAAAACCAAACGCAGCCCUUGGGUCCCGAUGGAACCGAAAUUGAAGGUUACCUGGCAUGGGACAACUUGACUGCUGACUACAUUUAUGACGGAGCUGUUAUUAAACUUUACCACUUGCUUACUCACCGUCGCAUUCACUCUCAUGAUGAGCGUGCCCCUAUCACCGAAGUCGAUUGGCAAAAUGAGGUCUCGGCCUACGGCUACGAAGGAUUUCCUGGCGAUGCUAAUGAUCUGUUCCGUGUUGAGAUCAUCCCGUCGAUGUCUGACGGAGAGGAGGCCAAGAAACGUGUGCGCACUAUUGAAACCAAGUUCAGACUUGCCCAUAUUAUGACUGGUUGCACUCUGUUCUCUCACAAGGUCAAACUCCCGGACUGGGCUUGGGAACAGCAAGAGGUCACUUGCGCUCGAGGAGGAACUCUACCCAACAGUAUCUGGUACAUUGAAGCAAACGACCACCCUGCACUACCAAAGGACACAGAAAAAGUCAACUACCGGAACCCAGGCUUUUUGGGCAAAUUCUUCGAGCUUCAUAAGGUGAUGUGGACUACCAACGCUGGAUUGACCGAGUCGCACAUGUGGGAUUCUCGUCCACCUUCUUGGCCUACGCUGCUCCGUGGUAUCAACUUCUGGGGCAAAGAUCAUCGUCAAGUCUAUUUACUUGGUAACCCGCUUAUCUGGUGGUCAUCGACCGCGGCGAUUGCUAUCUAUGCCGCUUUCAAGGGAAUUGCUCUCCUCCGCUGGCAGCGCGGCUUCAACGACUACAAGAACGUCAACGUCAAGCGUUUUGACUACGAAUUGGGCACAACAGUCCUCGGCUGGGCGUUCCACUACUUCCCCUUCUAUCUGAUGGCUCGCCAGUUGUUCUUGCACCAUUACCUCCCGGCUCUCUACUUUGCCAUCAUGGGUCUAUCGCAAACAUUCGAUUUCAUCUUCAACCGUGUGCAGCUGCCUGUUGUGGGGAAGAAAUCUGUGGUUGGUGGCAUCGUCAUCACGAAAUUCAUCGUUUUGAGCAUCGCCGUUUUCGCCGCCUAUUCCCCUCUUAUAUAUGGAAAUCCCUGGACGAUAAAUGCUUGUGAAAGCGUUCGUCUGAUGGGCUCUUGGGACUUUGCAUGUGACACUUUCCAUACUGACCUGAGUCAAUACACGACACCAUAUACACCAGUUACCAGUGCUAUCCAGUCAGAAGCUCCUGUCGCCGUCCCUCCUCAGCAACAACAAGUCGGCAACAACGAACAGUCAGACCAAGCAUCCGUUACUCCGCAACCCGCCGAUUCGAGAGUCGUUGGCCGCGAAGAACGCGUCGAGUACCGUGACGAAGCCGGCAACGUCCUAGACCCAGAGAAAGUAGCCCAGCUACAGAAAGAGGGUAAGGUUUCACUACAAACAAAGUACGAGACACAGACGCGCUUGAUCGACGCAAACGGCCGCGAAAUCAACAAUAAUGGCGACCAGCAACAACAACAACACGCACCUCCUCAUCCGGACAUUGAAGGCCAAAACCCCGAGACAAACCGAAAUGGUGGCGAAGGAGAGAACGCGAAGCAAAACAAACCUGCUUCAGCCGAAGGUUUGGGGGAGUCGGUUCGCGGUGACAAGGAAGCGGAAAGCCCGCGUCCAGCGAGUGACGGUAAUGAGGCAACUAAAUAA